GCAGUUUAUCAACAAUUUUCAUUAAAAACAUUUAAUUUCUAAUCCUUUACUAAAACUAUGAAAAUGAUCGUGAAAACUCUCUUCUUUGUCUUUGCUUUUGCUUCUUCAGCUUUUGGUUUCACUUGUCCAGUUCCUGAAACUACUCCUGGUGCCGAUAUUGACAAAAUUGCGGGUCAAUGGUAUCAAAUUAAUGGAACAACUUUAACAUCAAAUGAUACAUGGACUUUUACUCCUCGAGAAGAUGCAGGAUUUGCAAUUAAAGUUCCUGGUACUACGACUACUGGUGAAAAGUUUAGCGCGAUUUGGUACGGCAGACGAACUGAUAACCAAAAUUUACUUAACAUCUAUUUUGAUGUGACAAAAGAGGCUCCAGUUUACCUUUCCUUAAAUGUAGUUGCUACUGAUUACGAUAACUAUCUGGCUGGUUAUCUAUGUUGGCUUUUUCAAACUGAAUUUCUCUUCGGGAAAUUAAUUUUAUCCAGGACUAACACCUUGAAUGCUGGCAAGGUUGCCGAGUUGGACGCUUUGUUGACUGAUAAAGUUGGCAAUAUUUUUGUACCAAGUAUCCAAAAAGACUAAAUAUUAUUAAGUUUUUUCAGUGAUGACAUUUAUUUGGAUAAAUUGAAUUUUCCCUGUAAUAGUUGAUAAAUCUUAAAAAACAAAAUUUAAAUAAAUAA